AACGGAAAACCCACGUCUUCAACCAUCUCCUUUCUUCGCAGGUCACUGCUGCUUUGGGGGAAAACUCCUUAAGUGUUUACGUAAUCACCGCAGUGCAAGUGUUACCUCCUUUUUUCAAGAGGAUGGUGACAGGGGCUCCCGAUCUCACCAGCCUGGUUCGGCCACUCGCGAUCAGACUCUCACACCAGCAAUUACCUACUUAAUUCUGGUUUUGGGGUCCCCAUCUCAGGGUUUCCUAUUCUCUCAGCACCGGGUUGUGCACCCAGAGUUCCUAGGAAACACUGAUGUAUAAGACAUUUAAAGUUUUGGCCACUGAAACUGUAAGUCACAAGGCAUUAGAUGCAGAUAUAUACAGUGCCAUUCCAACAGAAAAAGUGGAUGGAACAUGUUGUUAUGUUACUACCUACAAAGGUAAACCGUAUCUGUGGGCCCGAUUAGAUAGAAAACCUAACAAACUAGCUGAAAAAAGAUUUAAAAAUUUUCUACAUUCAAAACAAAACUCAAAAGAAUUUUUUUGGAAUGUUGAGGAGGACUUCAAACCUGUUCCAGAGUGCUGGAUUCCAGCGAAGGAAAUUGAACAAUUAAAUGGAAAUCCGAUGCCUGAUGAAAAUGGACACAUUCCUGGGUGGGUACCAGUGGAGAAAAACAACAAGCAGUAUUGCUGGCAUUCCUCUGUAGUUAAUUAUGAAUUCGAAAUAGCCCUGGUACUGAAGCAUCAUCCUGAUGAUUCUGGUCUUUUGGAAAUUACUGCAGUGCCACUGUCAGACCUCUUAGAACAGACGCUGGAGCUUAUCGGGACAAAUAUUAAUGGAAACCCAUAUGGAUUAGGAAGCAAGAAGCAUCCAUUACAUCUUCUUAUACCACAUGGAGCAUUUCAAAUAAGAAAUCUACCUUCCUUGAAGCACAGUGAUCUGUUGUCCUGGUUUGAAGGUUGCAGAGAGGGUAAAAUUGAAGGAAUAGUAUGGCAUUGCAAUGAUGGCUGUUUAAUCAAGGUCCAUCGCCAUCAUCUUGGCUUAUGCUGGCCAAUUCCAGAUACUUACAUGAAUUCAAAACCGGUUAUUAUUAACAUGAACUUGAACAAACGUGACUAUGCUUUUGAUACUAAGUGUCUAUUUAAUCAUUUUUCAAAAAUAGAUCAUCAGAAAUUUAGUAGGCUCAAAGAUAUAAUACUCGAUGAAUAGACUGGAAAUGUCAUUAAAAACCAGCUUCAUUGUUGUUAUAUUUGAAUCUUGAAUAUUCUGCUCUGUGUAAAAGGUGAAAAUAUCUCAAGGUUCCUAUUUAUUGUUCAGUGUCUAAUGGAGAAAUAAGUCUUCCAGCAUUUGAAGAAAUGAAUUUUCCAGUUGGAAAUAACUAGUCAAAGUCUUAUUUGCAAUUAGCAAAUUUUAACCUCUGGAUUUAAAAAUGUAAGUAAUAGUAAGCUCUCCAGCUUGUACAAAGGGUUGGAUUCUGUCCACUAUAACUGAAUAGUAAUUUAAAGAUAACAAUGAAACCAACAAUUUUGGAUGAUUUACUUUCAAAGUUAAAUACCUAAAGCUGAGUUUAAUCUAACCUUGCUUGACAUUUAACAAGACAUAUGGCUCAGCCUUAUUGUGUGUAUACAUAUAAAAUUUAAGAACCAUGACACAUAUAUAAAUAGGUAAGAAUAUAAAACCCCAAUUUUAAAUGUUAAAAAUUGUUACUCUCGUAUUUAAAGCUUAAAACAUUAUGAAUGUACAGAAGUUCACUAUAUCUCAUUGCCUACAUGAUAGUCAUAAUUUAACUUUUAAAAAUUUUUCAAAUAUAUACUUUUCUAAUGUGUUAAAAAAUUUAUACAACUUUAUUUACUAAAAUAUCAAAUUCAGGUAAAGGUACAGGGUAUUGGAAAGGAUAUCAUGUAGGUCAGAGACUUGUAAAUAGUUAAAUAAAAACUAAUUAUAACUGGCCCUUAGAAAGUGGGGAAAUUGACAGGACUUCCCUCUUCAUCUUCAAACUGUUCAGAAACAGUAACAGGACUAGUUAAUUCAACUCCAAAUUGUUCAGAAAGUUUUUUUAACUUCUCUUCUAAAAGAAUAUUUUUUUUCACUUCUUCUUUGUAGUUAUACUUAAGAUCUUCAAUUUCUUCAAAAAACGAUGGAUCAAAAUUUUCCAGUUCUUUCUUCAGCUUUUUUAUUUCCUCCUAAGAGAAACAUAUUGUCUUUUAAAGACAUCAAACUAUAUAUAUAAAAGCCUAAGGGACCAUUACGACCAGAUAAUAGCUAUGAUGUGCACUGACUACCAGAGGGCAGACACUCAAUGUAGGAGCUGCCCCCUGGUGGUCAGUGGGCUCCCACACCCAAACUCCCAUGGCUGGCCAACUUCCCAUGGCCCUUCCCACCAGCUGGCCGCCACCUGGCGUGAUCAGCCCCAAUCAUUGGCCAGGCUGAGGGACCCUACCCAUGCACAAAUUUGUACACUAAGCCUCUAGUGAGUAUAUAACGCUCUUAGGUUUAAAUUAAAAGAUUAACUUAUAAACAUGAGCACCGAAGUAACUUGAAUAGCAAAUAUAAAGACUGAAGUAUUAAGAUUUUGUUAAUAAGGUUUUAUCGUGCAGUAUAAGUAACUAACUUGACUUGCCAAAUCAAAUUAUCUGUUCUGUAAGUUAUAUCCUAGUCUUUGACUAAAAUUUAUUCGUUCUUAGAGGGGGCUUUAAUCUUUCUCCAAAAGCAUACUCUCAGAUACUCAGUGAGGCAAGCAAAAAGACAUGGCUAUUCACGUGGCAUUAAGAUUGCUUUAGUUAUGAUUUUUUAUAGCUUAAGCUUCAUUUAUAUUUUCUUUACAAACAUGUUAUUUGUAAUGAAUAAUGGUCAAUUUCUUAUAAAUAUAUUUAUGAUCAGGGCAAUUCUAGGGCUUCUUGCCUAAGAGCUAUGCAUCUAGUGAAGAGGCAAUUUGAGCUUUAAAAUAGCCAAUAAUCACUAGUUAACUUUCGUAUCAUGUUCUUUUCUACUUAUAGGUUCAUGAAAGACAUAUAGCAUAGCAAAUAUCUUUUUAAGAGAGGGGAACUAUUCCUGAAAAGACUUUCAAAAGAAAAUAAAAGACACUGUUCGCUAUGUGACCAAAAACUUAAGAUAAUAUUAAAGUGAGUUCUAUAUUUGUGACAAUUAAAAAAUAAAUUUACUUUUUAAUCCUA